CAGGAUGUUCCUCAUGCCAUUGAAUUCAUUCAGGCAAUUGUUUGCCUCACAGAGAUAGAUCCAACCUGGCCCCUGUAUACUAGACAUGGUGGGAUCCCAGAUGACAAUGCUGUCAUCAACUUCAAGGCCAUCAAGAUGCUUGUGCAUAUUCUACAUCAUUUGCUCAAACUGUUCAUCAAUACUACACUCUCACUUUCUCAGCAGGUCAGCUACAUCAGCACAUGCUGCCACCUCCUCUUUUGUCAGUAUCAGCUCAACCAUGCUUCAUUCUUACUGAACCAACUUUACUACAACAUAAUGAUGGCUGUGAAGAACAUCAUUUUCUGCAUCAUGAAGCAACUCUGGCUUGACUCCUCAUCCAAGUUCUCCCUCCUCAACGUUGGGACAGAUCAAAUUGAAAUCUUGUUUGCAUUGAUCUGUAUGUGUGGUGGACACAACAGUGCUGUGAAGUACAAGCAAGGUAUGGACCACCUUCACUCAGCCUGUGAUAUCAGUGGUGUCUACUUGCACAAUCCUGAUCUCCACCAUGGGCAUCAUCAGCUCAACUUAAUGCACUCAGAACACAUUGACCAUAUCAACCAUGAUAUGUGGCAGGGUGACACUGUUGUCCACAACUGCAACUUGCAGGGUGUGUGGUUCAAGGGA